AUGGCCAAUGAGCACGGGGAUUUCUUAAAGAUCCGCAUUCCAUGUUUGGGCAGCCGAUUGUGGGCGGAGUGUCAAGCCAUGCACAACAGGAUGCCCAAAAAGCAUUUCACCCUGCUGGGCACAUGUGGGAUCCCAGUGGCCGAUCUGCGCGGGGCAGGCCGAGAAAGGCAGCGAGAUGUCCAGCACGGCAUCGGCGUGGAGGAGUGGGAGGGCGGCUCGCGCUACGAUGGGCAGUUCUAUUGGGGAAAGAAGCAGGGCUAUGGUGUCUACUCCUGGCCUGAUGGUUCUUUGUACAUGGGCCAGUGGGACUCCAAUGCCAUCAACGGGUAUGGCCAUUACAUGGGCAAGGACGGCAGAGAGUUCCAGGGCUUAUGGCACGAGGCCGUGAUCCACGGCUGCGGCCGAUACACCUGGCCGGACGGCCGCACGUUUCAAGGCCAGUACGCCGACGAUCAGAAGCACGGAUUCGGCACCUUCACCUGGCAGGACGGCCGGCGCUUCGAUGGCUUCUGGCAGCAUGGCAAGCAGCACGGCUACGGGAUCACGAGCAAAACCGACGGAACGGUCCUGAAAGAGGGACACUGGGUCCGUGGGCAAUACUUCCAAGAUCCUUCGCCGCUUUCUGCGGACAACAACCCGCCGGUGCCGGACUCUUGACAUGCGUACACAGCUGCAGCUGAAGCGCGCAGUUGACGGAUCACACGGUCCGAGAAAUUGCCAGCAGGUUGGUCCUUGAGCGAACGGAAACAAAGCCCCAUAGCAAGAAUACUGCGUAUGCCGACUUGCCCUGAAGUCGCCCAUGUUCGGGGUUCUCGGGUGGUUUUUGGACCGCAG